AGUGUCGAAGCAACGAACCAUCGCCGAGGAGUAUAAUAAUGAAGAUGUUCAUCGUAUUGCUGGUGGCCGCGUUAGCGGUAUCUACUCACGGAGUUUACGUUCCCGCUGCGUUGCCGACCUAUGCUGCCGGUUGGAACUCCUGGAAUGGAGCUGCCUCGUACCCUCACGCCUCUUUAUUGCAAGGAGUCCCGUAUCCGUUGCAAAACGAGUGGAAUGGAGGCAAUUCUUAUGGAAUAGAUGCCAACCCCUGGGGAUUACCAUGGGGAACUUACGGUGCCGGACCGUAUGGUUGGGGUCAACAGAACAUUGCCAACACGUUGGUGCCUGUAGCGCAACCGUUCGCCUUGGCAGCGGGACCUGGCUUUAUUGCCCCGGUUUCUUUUAGAAAGACAUCAAUUUUGUAGUUUUUUUUUCACUUUUG